GAUGCCCCGCCCCUCGACGCACCGCCCCCAGCGCCGCCACGUCAGCCUUGAGCGCGCACCGGGCGAUGGGCAAGGGGAAGGCGGCGGCAGCGGCCCUCGCGGCCGAGGUGGGCGUGCGGCUCGCGCUGUUCGCGGCCUUCCUGGUGACGGAGCUGCUUCCGCCCUUCCAGAGGCUCAUCCAGCCCGAGGAGAUGUGGCUUUACCGGAAUCCGUACGUGGAGGCAGAGUAUCUCCCCACCAAGCCGAUGUUUGUCAUCGCCUUCCUCGCCCCGCUGGCUCCAGUCCUACUGGCCAGGUGUCUGAAGGCGGCGGACGCAGCCGACAGCCGGCAGGCCUGCCUGGCGGCCAGCCUGGCGCUGGCCCUGAAUGGCAUCUUCACCAACACGAUCAAACUGAUAGUGGGGAGGCCACGCCCAGACUUCUUCUACCGCUGCUUCCCGGAUGGGCAAGCCCAUGGAGACUUGAUGUGCACAGGAGACAAGGCCGUGGUGAAUGAGGGCCGUAAGAGCUUCCCCAGUGGCCAUUCUUCCUUUGCAUUUGCCGGUCUGGCCUUCGCAUCCUUCUACCUGGCGGGGAAGUUACACUGCUUCACACCACGAGGCCGAGGGAAAUCUUGGAGAUUCUGUUCCUUUCUGUCACCCCUACUCUUUGCAGCCGUGAUUGCACUGUCCCGCACCUGUGACUACAAGCAUCACUGGCAGGACGUCCUGGCUGGAUCCGCCAUCGGCCUGACGUUCGCGUACAGCUGCUACAGGCAGUACUACCCUCCGCUGACGGAUGCCGAGUGCCACAGGCCGCUGCCUCUCAGCCCUGCUCUUCCUGCCCCGCAGAAGCAGCCCCGCGACCCGCAGCCUUUCUGUGUUUAGACACUGGAGCCGCCUCCCUGGAGAACAGGCCCAUCAGACCUCCUCUCUCCCCACGCCCAGGACAAGAAUGUCUGACCUUCACCUCCUGAGGACAGGUGAGGACAGAUGCCCACAGGCUGAUGCAGUUUUGCCCUGGCGCAUGGCGCACAGGGAUUUAUCGAGAGGGGUCGAAGUCCUUUUUCACUACUGUUUGCCAUGCAUAGUUCCCCAACAGCUUACGAGUCUGGUCCACCAGAUUGGUAUCCCAAGAUCCACUGUUUUCACAUGUAACUUCAGUACGGCUCUUAGAAGGAUUAUGUCACAAAGAAGCAUUUACCUUAGCAUCACUUUAUCCUAAACACUAGCAUUGAUUACCAAAACUUAAUUUCCACUUUCCAUAGCUCAGAAUCUUAAAAUCCAGGGCAUGAGCAAUUAAAUUAUUUUACUUCUGUUUACUUUCUCUGGUGGGACAAUUCCACCCCUGAAAUGGGAGAAUGUCCAAUUCUGGCUAAUUUACCACUGUUAUGCUUAUCCAAGUCCAGCUAAAUAGUGCUGUCCCUACUGAAUUCUGUGAACAUAAGUGAUUUGAUAAUUUGUUGAAUUACUGAGUAAACACAGUAAACAAGAAAAUGGUCAGGAGCGUCGAUUCAGUACCGACAGCGGAUCCCAGUUCCUGCCGCACCUGUGCUGAGCCGAGCUCAGGAGCCGCUCUACCUCCAGUCACGGCUGCAGACCUGCGCGAACACACCCACCCUGCCACGUGGCUGAAGCAGGAGGGCGCUCAGAGACUUAUCUGGAGGACAGAUCAGCGUCUCCUAUCCUGUCCCCAGUGGGCCAUGAGGAACAGUUACAGGACAUGGUCGGAACUGAUGCACGGGACCUGAAACCAGCCUUCUCUUUAUGCUGACCGUACUUUAAUAUGACCUUGUUUUGUGUAUUUCUUUCUGUAACAUUUUCAGUGCACCUUUUUCCUUAUGUAAAUGCAAUAUGCAAAUAAAAUGGUGAAUGUGGGCUUUGCA